AUGUUAGUUGGCUUCGUGCGCGCAGCAACAAACUACGACCGACUGUCUCUGCAAUCGUUGGCUCAACUACUUAAGAAGAAGGAAGUCAAAGUCAACACCGUCAUAGACGUUGAAUCAAGUCAGCUGCCCGAUGAUAUCAUCGCAUCUGGAAAAUUGAAACAGCUGCGGAGCAAUGCUAGAAUAAUCAUUGUCGAGCUUGGAAUGGAUAUCAUCGCAGCCACCAACUUCAUGCUUGCUGUUUAUCGUUCCGAUAUGAAGACUGAUGAAUAUGUCUACAUCAUUCCAUGGCUUUCUCAUGUAAGUUACAAGCUCCAACGUUUAAUAGAAAUGUGCUCAGGAAGGAGCCGUCAAGAUUCAUAA